AUGGACACUUUGCAGUCACACCUUGGCGCUGAAUCGGGGUUACAACUUCUUUCGCGGUUGGAGACUAGACCUAGUUUAAUCGAUUUGGACAAUGUGAUUUUUGAAUCGGGUCUUUUACCCAACGAAAUUGUUGAAAUAAAUGGCGAUGUAUCUUCUGGGAAAACUCUUCUUGUCACCCAGUUCUUGGCCAAAUGUCUUCUACCAAAAUCGUAUUGUGGUAUAGAUAUUGGAGGACUAAAUGCUGGAGCUGUCAUUAUUGAUACAGAUCAUCAUUUUCAAGUUUUAAAACUUGUAACCAUAAUGGAAGCUUAUAUUGCACGUUCUAGUAAUUCUUUAGUGGAUGCAAAUACUGUUGAAAGUAUCAUAAAAGAUGCACUAGAUAAUCUAACAAUAUUACAUUGCUAUGAUGGUGUUCAGCUUCUCAUUACUUUUCAUGGACUUGAAAAUAUUUUAUCGUGCAACAGAAACAUAAGUUUAUUAGUAUUGGACAGUGUAUCAGCAUUCUAUUGGCAAAAUACUUUAAACAACAAUGGCAUUCGUAAAAUGGAUCUGUACUUGAAGAAAAUUUUGAUAUCACUUCAAAAACAUAUCCAUGAAUUCAAAGUGUCUGUGAUAUACACAAAACCUCUGUAUUUUCAGUCAAAAGUUCAUAAUGACAGCAAUGUAAUUGGCAAGUAUGGCAAGAUAUCAAGACAGAUUAAAUUACAGAAGGUUUUAAACAGUGUUAACUUAUUUUAUGCUCAUAUUUGUGAUAAUUCAAAUAGAAAAGUUCUGUCUUAUGAAAUUGGUAAUGAUGGAUUUCACUGGCAUGUUGCUCAGGAACAUAAAUAG